CCGUUCUUUUCCCGACCUUUUUCAAGUCUUGGAUUCCCCUCUCGCUCUCGUGCUCUCUUCCGUCAUCUUGAUUCGGUUGUCUUGCCUGAACCUCUAUCGUCGUUCGUCCAACCUUUCGUCAACUAUCUGCGCCAUCGUUCCUUCCUCUACCGAUCGCAAGAAGGAACUCCAUACACCAUAUUUCUUAUCCGAACCAUACUCUCCGAGUUUUAUACAAUCAGACAGCGAUACACUGGCGCGACAACGUUCCUGGCGACAUCAUCAUAGAGACACACACGACACAAUAGCAUCAGACCGUAUCUUACAAUCACCGUUCAGCCUGACAUAUUAACCUAGCCUGGUCGUGGUAUUGUUAUAACCACUGAACCCUAUUCUCUGUUGUCUUGCUUCGUCGAGAGUUAGAAACCCUGCCUACCUUUUCACCACGCCCCUCCACAACUUCUCAUGCACUUGGUUCAAUUGCAUGCUAAUUCUCCGAGUCUAGUUGAAAAUGCACUCCGCAAAGAUCGUCUCGGCCCUCGUGGCCAUGCUCAGCAUCGUUUCUGCUGAUUCUGACUGCAAGGACUUGAAAAUCACUGCUGCUGACCAAGAUAUCCCUUGCAAGGAGUAUUCUGGUGAUGUUAUCGUUGACGCUGCUGUGUCUGGCCAGCUCGAGAUUAAGAAGAUCGAGUCUAUUGGUGGCAACUUGAAGGUUCUUAACGCGUCUUCUCUCCAGACGAUUUCCAGUAGCUCUCUCACCAAGGUUGGCGACAGCAUGCAGUUCAUUGGCCUCGCCAAGCUUUCCGGUAUCGACUUCCGUUUCCUCAAGAGCGCCAAGAGCAUUAAGCUCGCCAACAUUCGCGCCCUCAGCACCCUGAGCAUUGGCUCCGGCGCCUUCAACGUUAGCACUGUUGAGAUUCGCGACACCGGUGCCAAAGACCUCAGCGGUGUCGCUUUCGACACGGUUGAUAGCCUCUACCUUACCAACAACAAGCUUCUCACCAGCUACUCCUCCGAUGUCCAGUCUAUCCUCCAGAACCUGGAAAUUGCCUCCAACGGUGACAAGAUGGCCGUAUCCUUCCCCAAGCUCGAGAAGGCUCGCAUCAGCACAAUCUCAGGUGUCGCUUCUUUCAAGAUCCCCGUCUUGAAGAAGGUCCAGUCUCUCUACUUCGACAAGAACAACCAGAUGGAAUCCGUUGCCGGCCCCAACCUUACUGAGGUUGGUCUGAACACCAAGACCACUGGUAGCUUGUCUUUCACCAACAACACUAAGCUCGUGAACGUCUCUUUCCCUGCUAUUACCAACAUCACCGGUGAUUUGACCAUUGCUACCAACGAUGCUUUCCAAAACAUUACCGGCUUUCCCAAGCUCCAGUCCAUCUACGGCUCCCUGGUUCUCGGUGGCAACUUCAGUGAAGUUGACCUUCCUAAGCUUACCUCUGUUAGUGGCAGUGCUGACAUCCGUUCUUUCGCCGAUGUCAGCGACGCUUUCUGCAACAACGAGUACAAGAAGUUCAACGUCAAGGGUGCCAACUCUCAGUGCAAGUUCAACUCUACCAACGUGUCUACUGGCAACGGUACCGACAUCGGUAAGGACGGCAAGGGUGGCAGUGGCAACACUGGCAAGAGUGCUGGUGCCCUGAACACGGUCAGCUUCGCUGCCAUGUCCCUGGCGCUCCUGGGUGGUGCUCUUCAGCUUCUGUAAAGUUGUUUGACGUGCAGGGGAAGUUCUGAUGGUAGAAAUGAUUCUUCUCUAGAUGUCCUGUGGAGCAAUGCUGCAGUUUUCUCGUGUUUCUUAUUUGGUGGGCAUGUUGUCCCUGAGCUUUGGUCUCGUCAAUGGCGAUUGAGGAGUUUCGCCCCGCUC